UUGAGCUCAGUGUCUUACCAAUGAUAACAAAGCCUCCUUCACUUUCUUUCUCUGACUGUGACUUCUUUGAAUCUUUUCGAAGACCAAAAAAGCUUAACAUGGCUGUUCCCUGCCAAGGCAAAAAGACAAGUAGAAAACCCAUGUUAUGUACACACUGGCUAAUCGAUGUAGCAUAAGAAUCGACCAAUGCUGAACAGCACUUCGCCCGGCUUUGAACAUCUUGUCAAUCAUCUCUAUAAUCAUAACUAUAACAUUUAACGGAAACGUACACGGGAGUCAAUAGUGACGAUGAAAUAAUCAGUGUAUAUGUUUAGAGCACAUAGUAUUCAUUAGAUACAAAAUUGUUAUAGGAAAUUGUCCGGUGUUUUGAGACGCACAGCAUUGUUGUCGAAACGAGUGAGGGAGAGUUUACUGUACGACAUUAACGCCACACGAACGGUUCUGCAGUCAUAAUACAUAAUUUUGUUGUAAUCGUCAUUAUAGAUUUUUAGCUUUUUAAUUCAACAGCUGAUGUGACUGACCUGAAUAUGUUUCCACAGUUUGAAACUGUCUUCUAUUUCUUCCAAAACAACAGCGGAACUGUUUAGGACGGACACCUUUGGGAUCGUCCAGCGGAUAUGACGCAGCAACAGUCUUGUUCGAUUUCAGCACCGGUUCCUCCCGUCAAAUGCGAGCCAUUGUUAUUGAAUGGAGCUCCCGCUCUUCUGCACCGGUCUGAGACGAAAAACAUAUGAUAGCGGUUCCCGCGCGAUACCGCGCACUGUUCUUGCUAAGCGCCAGUCCGCGAGACGACAUGUCGGCGGUACUCGAUAACCCUAGACCUCGAAUUAACCACUCUAUGCUCUUGCAGCACAUUGGCAGACCUGUUUGCUUCGUGGGUCGUGUUGAGAAGGUUAGCCCAAAUGGGAAGACCUUCACUGUCGCAGAUGGAGAGAGCAGAACAGUUACAGUUGAGCUCAAUGAACCGCAUGACGGGGAGCUAAAUGGUGUUGUGGAGGUGGUUGGAAUGGUGUCCAACAAAGGAGUUCUUAUGGCCACCACCUACAGUAUGCUCCAGGAAGCCAAGGGUGUUCCAUUUGAUCUGGAGCUGUAUAAUGAAGCGGUGAAGAUCAUCCGAGAUUUUCCUCAGCAUUAUCCUUUUCACGUGGCUGCCAGUGGAUGAAUCUUUGUUUGCUCACUUUGUUUCGACGUUUGAGUUGAGCAUAAUGUACUAUUUGGUGUUAUUGCAUUCAUAAAAACAUUUGAA